GUUUCUGUUGAGUGCGUAAGAGCUCGAGAUCUUCAACAAAACUGCAGCGGCACGCAACCCUCAUAUCGUUGGUGGUACCUCUCACUGCUUAAUAGAGUCCAUCACAAACAGAGAGUAAUUUAUUGCAGAACAUUAACACAAAUAUCUCUACGCUGCUAUCAUUCAAUUGGCGGUCCGUGUAGCCUUGACAUACCGACUGAAAUUUGGUGGUCCAACUUCAGUACAUAAAGGUGCUUUGAUCAAUAGACUGUGUAACGAGUUGUUGGUUAAUAUCAUCAAACGCUUAAAAUGGAAAAAUUUCGUAUUUUGAAAGACAAUACCCGAAAGGUACGCCGUUUCAAUUUAAGCGGCCGUACUUUGGAAUUUAAGUUAAAACCCAUACCUAAAGAUGCCAACCCCAUACACUGGACAAAAGAAGCAAUCACACAAAUUGUUCAUAAAGGUGUAGAAGGAUUGUCUCCACAAGAUAUGGUGGGUUUUUCAUUCUGCUCCAAAGAUUUUAACAAAGGUGAGGGGUGGAUGCGGUUCAAGGUGGCUAGUGAUGUUACUGUUGACGAUGUUUGGGACACCAUCUCGUCCAUCUAUCAGUCCAACGCAUGCGGUUUAAACACCGAAACCUUUUGUCUUCGUGUAACAUCUGUCAGGUUACCAUCUGGGUUAGGAAGAGAACGGAAAUACAUAAAUUUUCAAGAGGACUGUACGGCACGGAGAGGUGUUGUGGUAAUUAAUAAUAAUGACGGUCUAUGUCUUCCUCGUGCAAUCGUUGUUGCUAUUGCGUAUGUUAAUCAUGAUAAUGAAUACAGGCAGAUUAGACGUAAUAUCGGAAAAAAACAAGAACAAAAAGCAAUAAAGUUAUUACGAGAUAGCAACAUCAUAAUACCAAAAUCUGGUGCGGGUGUAUCCGAACUACAACAAUUUCAAGAAUAUCUACAACCCUAUAAAUUAACUGUAUACCUUUAUGGUUCAAAAGGGCGUGACGUCAUGUUUGAAGGUGACGGUACGGGUAAACGUCUAAAUCUAAUUUAUCACGAUGGACACUACAACGUAGUUACAUCUUUAACUGCAGCCUUCACAUGUACUUAUUAUUGUGAAGAUUGUCACGUCCCCUUUAAUAAUAAGAACAGACAUCGUUGCGGCGGAACGUGUGCCUUUUGCUUUCAAACCCCUGUAUGUUCUAAAGAGGACGUUAUAAAAAUAAAGUGCGGAGAAUGCGGAAGAGACUUUCGAGGGCAAAAAUGUUUUGACAAUCACAAAACAUUUAAUAUUUGCACUCAAAUCAGGCGGUGUGAAAAAUGUUUUACAAUAUAUCGUUGUAACAGAAACCAUGUUUGCGAAGAGGUGUUCUGUAAAACGUGCAACAGCCAUGUAAAUAGAGAUCAUCUGUGCUACAUUCAGGUAGAUAAAGGUUCUCCGAAAACACAGGAUACGCUUUUUAUAUUUUACGAUUUGGAAACAAUGCAGGAGCAGUUGUUAGAAGACGGGUCCCUUUUACAUCAACCUAACCUUUGCGUGUUUGUGCAGUGUUGUGAUAAAUGUAUAGAUGAAGAAAAACUUUACUUUUGUCAAAAGUGUGGUUUUCGGCAAAAAAUAAUAACCGAUAAUGUAAUAAAUGUACUAAUGAGACAUAUCUUAGAAAUAAGGAAGAAAUUCAAAAACGUGGUAGUUUUGGCUCACAACGGUGGUGGGUUUGACCACCAGUUUAUUUUAAACCACAUUUUAACACAAACAGAUCUCACACCUGAACUAAUAAUGCGUGGAACAAAAUUAGUUUGUAUGUUUUUAGAUAACGUUAGAUUUCUAGAUUCAUUAAAUUACUUUCAAAUGUCGCUUAAUAAGUUACCUAAAGUAUUCGGGCUAACAGCGUUAAAGAAAGGAUACUUUCCGCAUUUAUUUAACACCACAGAACAUCAAAACUACAUAGGUCCAAUUCCACCCAUAGAAACCUUUGAUCCGGAUAACCUCAAGUGCAACGAGAGAGAAAUAUUGUUAGCGUGGCAUGCAAGCAAGGUGGCCGGUAACUAUACAUUUGACUUUCAAAAAGAGUUCAUAGAUUACUGUGUAGCAGAUGUGGACAUAUUAGCGCGUUCCUGUCUUAAGUUUAGAGAGUUGAUGAUCAAGGAGGGCAAUGUGUGUCCAUUUACUGAAAGUGUCACGUUGCCGGGUGCGUGUAAUAAGAUUUUUCGACGAUCAUUCUUAAAACCAAACACUAUCGGUCUAAUACCAAGAGGCGGUUACAGAAAUUGUGAUAAUCAAUCAAAGCUAGCAAUACGUUGGUUAUUAUUAGAAGAACGCUCCCGUCAAAUUGAUAUUAUACAUUCGGGCAAACAGAAAGAGGCUAGGGUUGGAGGUGUAAAGGUCGACGGAUAUUGUCCCAAAACCAAUGAGGUGUUUGAGUUCCACGGUUGUUAUUACCACGGUUGUCCGAAAUGCUUCAAAUAUACUAGAAACGCAUCCUUACCAGACAGUCCAUCAGAGACUUUGGAGUACCGAUAUGAAGCUACCGUAGCGAAAUCUUGUAGAUUAAUAGAACUAGGAUAUGCCGUUAUCGAGAUGUGGGAAUGCGAUUUUAAGAGGCUUAUGACCGAAGAAAUGUUUAAUUACACUGAAACACACCAUAUAAUUGCAAGUUCACCGCUAAACCCCAGAGACGCAUUUUAUGGGGGUCGAACAGGAAACGCAAAAUCCUUUUAUAUAACAAAGGGAGAUGAACAAAUAAAAUAUGUAGAUUUUACUUCGCUUUAUCCCUAUGUUAACAAGUACGGUUUAUACCCUAUAAGGCACCCCACCGUCCACAUUGGGGAGUCGUGCAGUAAAUUAAACUUAGAUGAGGUAGACGGAAUCAUCAAGUGUAAGAUCCUACCACCACAGACAUUAUUCCCCCCAGUACUGCCUGUAAAAAUGAAUAAAAAAUUAAUGUUUGUGCUUUGCCGUUCAUGCGGUGAAGGUUUCGACCAAGGACCUUGUAAACAUAACGACGAUGAGCGUGCGGUAACAGGAACUUGGGUGCUUGCCGAGGUUAAGAAAGCUAUCCAAAAAGGAUACAAACUCUUAGUAACUUAUGAGAUAUGGAAAUACGACACAGAGCAAUAUAAUAAAAGCACUAAAACUGGUGGCCUGUUUAAUGAAUACAUAAACAAAUUUUUGGGCAUUAAACAGCAAAGUUCUGGAUGGCCUACUUCUUGUGAUACCUCAGAAAAGAGAGCUGAAUAUGUUAAAGACUACUUUGAAACUGAGGGUGUUCGCCUUGACCCAGCAAAGAUUGAUAAAAAUCCAGGUUUACGACAAUUGGGGAAAUCCGUUAUUACUUCGUUUUGGGGAAAGUUAGGACAGCGCGAGAAUCAAAGCAAGACUACAAUUGUAAGACAACCAGGAGAAUUUUAUAACAUCAUGACUAAUCCUUCAAUCGACAUUAAUUCCGUUCUGACCAUAAAUGAGGAUACGCUACUUGUGAACUGGGGAUUUAAAGAAGAAAGUUACAACCCUUUAUCGACAGUGAACGUGGUACUGGCCGCCUACACCACUGCGCAGGCACGAUUAAAGUUAUAUGAAUAUUUGGAAAAGUUAGAGGAUAGGGUUCUAUAUUACGAUACGGACUCGAUAAUCUACGUUUCGGUUCCGGGAAUGUACGAUCCACCAUUAGGUCGCUUUUUGGGCGAGUUGACAGAUGAACUAGAAGAGGAAGGCGUUGGAAGCUACAUCAAAGAAUUUGUGUCAGGCGGUCCAAAGAAUUACGCUUACAAAAUGUGGUCCAGUUCUAAAGGUUGCGAUGUAACUGUUUGUAAGGUUAAAGGGAUAUCUUUAUCUUACACGGCUUCGCAAGUAAUUAACUUUGAUCAGAUAAAAAAGAUGGUGUUAGAAGAAGAAUCAGAACCAAUUAUGUUAACUUCAAAACUCAUAAAAAGAACAGCUGAACACGAUGUAAUAACUACCAGUGCUGCUAAAACUUAUCGUACAAAUUCCACAAAAAGGUGUUUUGCUCCAGACGGUUCGUCAACACCUUAUGGAUAUAAGAAAGCGCGUUUAACUAAUGUCAUUAUUGAAAAUUUGUAAUAUAUAUUAUACUUAAGAUAAUUCUAGCACCAUGUAUCAACAAUGUAAUUUUCUCGUUGAGCACAUUGCCCAUAAUGUCAUUGGUUGUGUAGAGGUAGAAAAUUGCAAUAGAAAACGCAUGCAAUCUGUAGGGGCAAGAUCCAUUUCGACGACUUCCCGGAUAUCAACUAAUUCGAUUUUAGUUUUAAUAAAAACCAUCUAUUUUCUUAAAUUACGCUACUAUAUGUAGUAAAUAUGAAUCACAGUUUCCCCACAUUCCUUACUCGGGGUGUCUAUUUAUAGCGCAUAUAAAUUCUAGAAACGUGAUCUUGCAUACAUAAGUGUAAAGGUUACCGAGUAGUACCUAAUUUUUGUAUACAUGUAUUCGCUUUUUUUUUUAAAUAAUUACAUCAAAUUAUUACUUACAGCCAAAUUUAACUUUUCUUAACGCAUGCUUUUUUCUACAAUGAAGUAACUGAGAAAGUGAGAACAGAUAACUUUUGCUUUAUUAUGUUCUAUUAAUAACACAGGUAAUUUAUCCCUGCCGGUUCUUAUUCUUCACACCCGUAUGGGUUUAAAAAACUUAGGGUACAUAAUGUCACAAUAAGUAACGACUUGUGAUCCCUUUUACGCUGCUCAUAUUUUGUAAAAUACCUAUGUAAUGUAUAAUCAACCUAUGUAACAAAUUUUGUAACAAAAGUAUAAUAAUAAAUCUCCAAAGCUUUCAUCUUA